AUUGCAUGCAAAGAGAAGGCGCUCAACUUCUACUCCAUCUUCUUUUGUCUGACGUUUUGCCGCAUGGCAAAAGCAAACCGCGUUUUGGUGUGGAUAAAGGAAUAAAGCAAUGAAUGAUUUACGCCAGCAACAGGUACAGGUAGCAGCAACAUCAUCCUCAGUUAGCCUGGCAGCAACGCCUCUCUGCUCCAACAGCUCCACGAGCAGCACCAGCAGCAGCAGCAACAGCAGCAGCCACAACAACAACAUCAACAGCAACAGUUCCAGCGCCAGCGCAGCAGCAGCAACAACAAGCGAAGCAGCAAUGGCUGCCACAGCUUUAGAUGUGAAUGGCGAGGAUAACAAUAGCAGCAGCGGUAGCAGCGGGAGCGGAAGCGGCAGUCACAAGCUCAUACUGAAGCUCUCGAAGCACGGCAGCCAGACAACCGAAUCUCUGGGGGUCAACGAUGAGCGACGCGUCGAGCCGCUGCGCAUACAAUUGCCCGCACAGUUGCCAGCAACAAAUGCGUCUCAACUGUUGCAGGGCAUCGUUGGGCAGCCGGUUGUUGUGCCGAAGUUAACGAUAAGGCCGUUGAAGGUGCAACAGCCGGAUAUGGCAACAAAUUCGGAUGCAUCGUCAUCGUGCUCGUCCUCGUCGUGCGCCGAUGAGGAACAGCAGCAGCAGCAUCAGCAGCAGCAGCUGCCGCACAUUGUGCCCAAGCUGACGAUACGCGCCGCCAACGAGGAGCGUGUCGGCAGCGUGGUGCCCAAGCUCAUUAUCAAGAUGCCCGAUGCGGGCGGAGGAGGCGGAGGAGCAGGAGCAGGAGCAGCUGGAGGUGGCGAAACGACCAAAUUGGAUGGCGGCAAUGAGACGCAGCUAAUUAGCUGCAGUCUAUCGCCAGCAUCGGCCGCAUCCAGCUCAUCGGCAUCCAGUUCAAGCUACUCCGGCGGCGAACAGACGCCCACGGUGCCCAAGCUGAUGAUCAAGACAACGCACGCCGGCAGCAGCUGCAUCAGCAGCGACGAUCAGCAGCAACAGCAGCAGCAACAACAAAUAAUACCAAAGUUAACCAUCAAGACGGCGGGCGGCAACCAGGAGCUGGUGCAGCUGCAGGCGCAGCACACGGUGAUCAUGACGCACGAUGCCAACAAUGCGCAGUCCAUACCCAAGCUGACCAUCAAGACCAAGUCAAUUGAGCUGGAGGAUGAGGAACAGUUGCAGCAGCAGCAACAAUUGCAGCCGCAUCUCAAGCUGACCAUCAAGAAUCUGUGUUCGCCCAAGCACAAGGUGCGCGCCGUGCUCGAGGAGAAGAUCAACAGCUACUCCAGCUCAUCUUCUAAGCUGACGCUGACCAAUGGCGGCGAGAUGCCAGCAGCAGCAACUGUUGCAGCAGCAAAUGUUGCAGCAGCAACUGUUGCUGCUGUUGACAGCGAAGCGGAUGAGCUGCGUCGCAAUUCCGAUGAUAUGGACAUUGAUGAUGCGCUCUCCAAGGAGCAUGAUCCCAAAAUGUUUCACAAUCUGCCGGCGCCGGCGCACAGCAGCAAUGGCAUUGCACAGCAGCAGCAACAGCAGCAGCAGCAGCAACACAAUAUUGUGGACAUGGUGGAUCUGACCUCGUCGCCCUCGCCGGGCAACUCGCCGGCGCAUGUCAACAGCAAUAACUACGCAGGAGCAACAAUAAAUCGCAGCCUGUCCACAGCUCAAUCGCAAAAUCUGCUGCUCGAGUGCCUGCAAAUGCAAGCAGCAGCAGCAGCAGCAACAACUGGCAGCAACAUCAGCAACAACAUCAGCAACAAUAACAACAACAACAACAACAGCAGCAGCAGCAAUCCCGCCUCACCCAACUCCAAUAUACUGCUCAGCCAGCUGACAGCGCCGCCCAAGAGCUUUAGCAACAAUUCGACAGCUGCCUCAAAAUAUCCUCAGCUAACCGAACGUCUGAUGGCCAAUGGAGCAGCAAAUGUUGCUGCAACUGUGGCAGCAGCAACUGUUGCUGUUGCUGCCGCACAGCAGCCGAUUAUCGAUUCCAUUGAGAUUCUAGAUACGCCCGAGGGCAGCCCGCAUUCACAAACGACGCAAAGUGCCUACGAGUCGGAGGAGACGCAGCUCGGCAAUCAUCUGAAUCACAUGAAUCUUAAUCGAAAUCGAAAUCGAAAUCACAAACCUAAACUAAUUGCAAUUUUUCGAUAUUCCCUUUGGCUUUUACAGCUGCCGCCAAGUAAACAGCGGCGCCUGGACAACAAUGAAAACGAUCAGCAGACGCACAACUGCAGCAAUGACACGCCAGCAACAGUUGCUGCCGGCGCAACAGCAGCAGCGGUAGCGGGAACAGCAGCAGUAACUGGACAACAGCCAACGCAUCGCAGUCGCAAGCAGAAACACGAACGCAUACUCAACACGGAACUCGAGGAGGCACAGCAACAGCCGGCGGCGCACAUGGAGCACGCGCUCAGCAAUGGCAGCCUGUUGCUGGCCGAGGAGCGUCUGGCGGUGGCGACAGCAGCGGCAGCGGCGGCGGCGGCGUCUGUCUACAGCGAGCAGCAGGAGGCGCAUGUGUCGACGCCGUUGGCCGGGACAGGGACAGGAACAGGAACACCCCUGCCCGUGAGCACGGUCAGGCGGCGGGGUCGACCCAAGCGCAAUGCCAACGAGCUGACGCCCGCUCCGGCAGCGGCAGCGGCAACAGUAACGGAAACCCUGCUGGAGGCGGACAGUGCGGUGCAGUCGCGACGUGUGCAGCUGCUGCGCAAGCGUUUGGCCAUCGACAUGGUCAGUGCGGAGCAGCCGGAGCUGCUGGCAACAGCGCACCAUGCGGCAACCACGACGGAACUCAAUCCCGGCGGGAUGAUGCCGCGCUUUGGCAGCAACACGACCGUGGAGAGCAACAACAAUGGCAUGGCCUAUGCUCUGGCAACACAAAUCGAUCUAACCAUGUGCUCAUCCUCAUCCUCCACCAGCAAUGGCAGCGCCGCAAUCACAACAACAACAGUUGCUGCGGCGGCGGCGGCGGCGGCAGCAGCAACUGUCGACAGCAGCAUUUGUUCUAUGCUGCCGCCAACAACAAUAUUAUCCUCCUCCGAUCCGCUGCCGGAUGUCAUCUUUCAGCCCAACGAUUUCUCAUCUCUAACAGCCACACAGCAGCUGCGCACCAACAACAACAACAGCAACAACAGCAACAACAACAACAGCCAGCAUGAUUCGCAGGACGAGGACAACUACAGCGCACUGGAGAACUCGGGUGGUAACGGCUUUGGCAGCAGUCCAGCGGCGCCUGUUACCCCAACGCGCGGACGCGGACGUGGACGCGGCUCUAGGGGUGGCGCCGGCGGCUCAUCCACCUCCUCGGGUCGCAACAGCACAAAUAAUGCGGCACAGCCGCGUGUGCCGCGCAUGAGUCGAGGCGCCAGCGCCGUGGCCAAGGCCAUCGCCCAGAGCCGGCCGAGAUGUGUGGGCGGACUCAAGCACCAGCCGGAUCCGGAACGGCUCAAGGGCUUCUUUAGUCCGUCGCCGCAGGUGUUCGAGGAGGACACACGCAUGAGCGCCGAUCUGAAUAACAGCAAUCAAUCGGUGACGAGCAUGGAACCGCCGUUAACGCCACAAAAGCAACCGGACUUUCUCAACAACGAGGAGUCGCAAUCGUCCAUGUUGAGCGGCGUCAGUUUAUUGGACUCGAAUCAGGGUCAAUCUGUGGACGCAAUACUCGGCUCGGCACUGAAGCGACCCAAGAAGAAGAAAAUGGAGAUUUGCGUGGCCGAAGAUACGGAUUUCAAGGCAUCCAGCAUUGCGGAAUAUGAUUGGCCGCCGCCGAAGGGCUGUUGCCCGUCCAAGAAUCGCGACACCUUCAUGAUACAGGAACAGGUGGCCCUCUAUUUGGGCAUCACCAGUUUUAAGCGCAAAUAUCCGGAUUUGCCGCGUCGCGCCGUCGACAUGGAGGAGCGCAAUUGGCUGCAGGAGAAGGGCCUGGUCAGCGAAAAGAUGUGCGAUCUGGGCAUCACCGCAGUCUGGGCCUCCGACAUACUGGACAUCAUGUAUGCCGAUUUCUAUGACAAAUACGAGGAGUACAAGGAGUACAUACGCCAGAAGCAUUUGCGUGACAUCGAGGCCAAACAGAAGGCGCUCGGCCUUACUGUCGGCAAUGGGCGUGGCCUGCAGGCACGCGAUCGCGCCAUGCUCUCCACCAGCAAAUGGAAUGUGUACUUCAACAAGACGCGCAAGGAGGAGCGUGUCGCCUGCCUGGAUCUGCAAACGUUCACCAUGAAUUUGCCGGUGCCGCGCACCGCUGCCAGUUCCACCCUCUUGCAUCGCUCCAUCACGAAUGUGGUGCGUGAAGCGGCGCUGGCAGAGAAUAUGCCGGUGCCGCCGCAGCUGCUGGCGCCGCGGAUCUAUGAUGCCGCCUACCAGGACUCCGAUUAUGUCUAUCCGCUGGCCCUGGUGCCAGGCCAAUUUACGUCCAACUAUCGCCGGCUAACGCCUGCCGAGCUGAGGGCAUACCCGCUGAAUACAGCGCUGGAUAAGCCGCCGAAGCAGCAGGAACAGCUGUUGCUGCUCGAGGGCGUCAAAGCUGCGCAAACGAAAGCGCAGACAGCGGCGCUGCGGCGCAGUCAGCGCUCGCGACAGCAGCGCAACAAUGAUCCGGCCAAAACAAGCAACGCCUCCGACGCCAGCGGCAGCAGCAGCAGCAGCAGCAGUGAAGCCAGCAGCAGCGAAUCUGACAGCGACGCGGACAGCGACAGCAGCUGCAGUAGCAGCGCCAGCAGCCGCAGCAGUCGCAGCAGCAACAGCAGCACCAGCAGCAACAACAGUUCCAUUAACUCCGCCAGCGAAACUGAGCAGAAACGCGAACAGGAUGCCAGAUUGUCGUCCAAUUGCGGCGUCUGCCAGCGCACACAGCAUCGCAAUGCGAGAAAUAUGCCCGAGGCCUUUAUACGCUGCUACAGCUGUCGGCGCAGAGUGCAUCCCAGCUGUAUUGAGAUGCCGCACCGGAUGGUCGGACGUGUGCGCAACUACAAUUGGCAGUGCGCGGAUUGCAAAUGCUGCAUCAAAUGCGGCAGCAGCCAGCAGCCGGGAAAAAUGCUCUACUGCGAGCAAUGCGAUCGCGGCUAUCACAUUUACUGCCUGGGCGUCAAAACGGUGCCCGAAGGUCGCUGGAGCUGUGAACGCUGCUCGAUUUGCAUGCGCUGCGGCGCCACGCGCCCUGAGGGUCUGCCGCAGGCGUCGCUGCUGUCGCCAGGCGGCGGCGUCGGCGUCGGCGUCGGCAGCGGGGGCGAGAAAUGCGUGAAACCAGUUAAACACAAAAAGGUCAAAUGGAUAAACGAGUAUCGCAUCGAUCACAUCACCAAACUGCGCGAACACUGCGCCAUGCUCUGUGUGCCCUGUGCACGCGCCAAGCCCACCAAGCGAACGCCGCCCACAACGCCCAACAGCUGCGGCGUCGGCGUCAACGUCAGCGGCGGCAGCGGCAGCAACAGCAACAAUAGCUGCGCAAAUUCGCCAACAUCAUCGGCUGCGCAGUUGCCGCUGUCAGUGCAGGCCAAUGGCACGACAGAUGCAGCAGCAGCUGCGCUCAGUCCGAGAAGCAGCAGCUGCAGCAGCAGCAACAUGGCGCCGCCGCUGGCAGCAGAGGCAAUUGCGUGCGGCAGCAUCCUGCCGCCCAUUGGUGGCAAGCGUAUGCCACAGCAGGCGCUAAACAGAAACCAGGACAUGGCAAUAAUGCAGUCCAGCAGCAGCAGCAGCAGCAGCUUUAAUGAUGCGUCGACAGCAGCAGCAGCAGCCACAGCAAUUGGCAUAGCUCCGCCGCCGGUUGUUGCCUGA